AUAUGUAAAAUAAUGGAAGAAAGCAUCAAUGAGGGGGUGACAUUUGAGCUAAACAAGGAGCCAGCUGCGGGAGUAUCCAGGGGAGAGCCUUCUUGGAAGGAACAGCCAGGGUAAGAAACAAGGUUGCUGUGCUCAAGGAACAUCAAGGAGGCCAGGGAUACAGUGAAGUGAUGGAUUUGGGAUGUUUAAGGAGGUAGAGCUCAUUGUCUUGCUUUGUCCCAGUUGGGAAGGAGGGCCUCAGGGGUCCAAUAGCAGAGUGCGGGCCCUAAGAUCGGCCACUUCCUCCCUUCAAGGGUAAGUGGUACCAUGCCUCCUCAUACACCGUGUGUGACUUGUAUACCCUUGGAGAGUAGGAAGGUUCUAAACUGCAUGUGCUAAGUGCUUCUGACAUGUGGCUGUAUUUCCAUCCUCCUGUGUCCUGUGCCAGGGAGGAACCAUUGUCAUUCCUGUUUUAGAGAUGAGGAAAUGGAGGUCAGAGAGGGGGCAAUCCCUUCCCCCAGCUUGUAAGCUUAUUAACAGAAAUACCAAUCUUCAAUCUAAGUUUGCCCACUGACCAGCAUGAGUACCUGCAUGUGUAGGUGUGUCUCCGCCCCCUCUGGGGGCCCUCAUGUCCCUGGCUUGUUAUCCAUCACCCCAGUCCCUGGGGCCAGCAGGUCACACAGGGCUAGGUGCUUGUCCAUCGGUUUGGAGUAGAGAUGACCCAGCUUUGAGUAGAGGUCUUUGGGGGUAGAGAGGCUCAGGUCUCAGCUGCCCUGAGGGGCGUUGCUGGAGGUGAGCGUGAGGCUGCUUGUCUGGGUAAAGACACCAAGGCCUGUACAUAUACGGGGGUGGCAGAGUUCCCCAGGAAAGACCCUGGGCACCUGCAUUAGUGGAGGUGUACUUUGGUCUGGGCUCCAUCACCAGCUAGAUAGUCCCCACUGGGUCACUCUACCCAUUCCCAGGGCUGAGGGCUGCCCCCUCUAAAUAUAGCCCAGUGGGCUGAGCUCAGGCCUAUUUUAGGCCUGGGCUGGGAGGUAGCUAGCCUUUCCAGGCUGUGAGGAGCCACUGCUGCCUUCAUCCUGUCGUACUACUGGGUGUUAUUAUCAGCCCCCCAACUGUCCACCGCCCGCCAUGCCUGAGGAGACCCAGGAAGCAGACACUGUGGCACUGACAGCGAGCCCCAGGAGCAGGGCACCACUGGCCCCCAGCUACACACAGGAGGUGCGGCUGCACCGGGUAGAGUCCAUCAGUGACCUGCACAGUGGAGGUUCGCUGCGCCCCUACCUGGCCGAGGAGGCGCAGCCAUGGGACGAGCUGCUGGGCAUCUUGCCCCCGUCACUGUGUGCCCAGGCUGGCUGCGGUCCCCUGCAAGGCCGGGGAAGCUUUCUGAUUAUACUGGCACUGCUGGUGCUCACCUGCCUGGUGCUCGCCAUUCUGGCUGUCUAUCUGAGCGUGCUGCAGAGCGAGUCUCUUCGCGUGUUGGCACACACCCUGCGCACCCAGGAAGAGACGCUCCUCAGGCUCCGGCUGGCCAGCCUCAGCCAGCUGCGCAGACUCAACUCCAGCGAGGCCCCCGCACCCAGCUGAGACACCACUGGGACUAGGUCUUGGGGAUGGGGGGGGGCUGGGAUAAAGUGGCCAAGGCAGGCUUCUCCUGACCCACCGUUCUGCACUACUUCCUUGGUGAGGUUUCUGUACCAGAGUCUGACCUGACCACAUGCUACCCGCCUCUCCUGUCUUCAGGCCAGGGCUGGCCAGGUUUUCUGGUGCCAAGGCCCUGGUUUGCGUGGCCCAAGGUCAGAGGAAGCAAUACCAACCUCCUGGCUCCUUCUGUGGCCUGUCAGCAGCUUCUGGCUUCCCCCAGACAUAGGUUCAAAUCUAGAAAUAGCUGCCCCCACCCCAGUUGCCCAAACUCUGCCAGGCCUCCCAGCAGGGAUCCAGCCUCAGCACUCAAGCAGGAGAGCUCUGAGGAUGGGGAGGACGGCCACCUGAGGAGACGGUCUUAGAAGGCAAAGAUGAGAUGGAGAUGGUGCAGGGCCCACGGGGACAGCAGACGGGAGGCAGGCAGAA